AACCUUCUAAGAAGUCAUGGAUGAGUUAUUUGUUUUCGGUUAUGGCUGUAAAAUAUUUCGCGAUGAUGAGAAGGCGAUGUAUAUCGAGGAGAAGCGUCACUUGAUCCCAUGGAUGGGCGAUGACAAACUGAUGAUUGACAGGUCGGUGCCCACUUGGACCCGUUGUUUCAUGCUCGAUUUCAUUCGUUUUCGAUUUUUUGGACGCGUUUUCUUUGACAUGGCUUCAUUUUCUAGCACCGAAUACCAUAGAGGGCAGAUGGUCGCAGUUGGUAGACGAAGGUCCGGGCACAAAGGAGUAACAUCAGCGGUGGAUGACGUAAAAAUACAUUGAUUUCGGGUACAAACUGUUGAAAUGGCCACCAUGUUGGCUCACCGCCAUUGUCCUUUCGACGAGGGGCCCCACACUGGGCAUGGCCGUCUUGUCAUAUUUGUUGAUGCUUUUGUUCUUGACUGUCUGUCAUGUCCACAACCUUGGUUAUGUUAAUAUUUGUAACGCGUUUAGUAAUUGACGAUAGCGUCAGUGAUUUGCAAAUGUAAGAAAGUAAAAGCAGAAGGGCCAAAAUGAUUUGUCAGUUUCAAAUUACAAGCAGCCCCCUCCACCGACCUUAUCUGUAGGACAUCUUUAGUACAAAAGUAAGGCUAAAGUCACCAGUUUACAGUUCAAAAAGAUAAUGGAAUCCGAAUGUCUUUAUAAUUAGCUGUCACAAAUUAUGUAAAUUAAAUGAUUUUUAAGAACUAAACAGUUAGUCCUAGAGACUAAAAACUAAAACAUUUAGUUUGCCAGUAACCGUGGAAACUUGCCAGAGGUCAGUGAUUCACUCCAGGCACCCCAAUUUCUGUCACUCAUAAAAUUUAGAAUAAUUUUAUCAGAUGAAAAAUUGUUAAGAGCGGCUUUAUACACCAAUAAAAUUAACAAGACAGAUCAUAAUUUUAGACGUUAUAAAUUAACUCAUCAUUCAUGUGGAACUUUUUGAAAUAACAUUUUCUUAAUAUACAGAGUACAGUAAGUUAGGGAGAACAGAUUUGAAUCACUCAGUAAACAUUUUGGUUUGUCCUUUUCAGGUAUGAUGGGCGUGGUCAUCUUUAUGAUUUAAACAAAUACGACGCCAGCAAUGUUACCCAUGAACCGUGGAUGCAGAUGGAAUCAGAGCGUGCGCUUGAGGCAGCAUGUGACGAGGAACGCUACUUGGAGCUUCACGUGGAUUUGGCAGAGCAAGCCGUGUAUGAAGGCAAAGGCUUGUGGCUGUAUAAUUGGGCUAUUGAGAUGUGAGGCAACACUUGAGAAAUAUGCAAAAAUUAUGUUUGUAAGUCUGAGAAUGCCUGGUACCAUGGCAACUGCCUGCCACCCACUGGGGUGAUGUUAGGUGGUUGUUGAGUAUUCACUAUGGUAGUUUUCUUUUCGUAGAGCGUGACAGUACAACAUAUUGUAAUUACUACUGAUGUACUCACCAAAUAGUUUUAUUAUGUCAUAUUAUUAAAAUUUUGACAUUCAUUAAAGUUGUAUUAUACACACUCAAGAUCUUGUGAGAGAAUUUUUCCGUUGACAUAUAUAUUUUGCAUGAGGAAUGUAAUGCUAUCUUUGUAAUUUAUGUUUGACUAUGACAUGAUUGACAGUUUUCCGUAAGAUACAGGUGAACAUGUAUGAGAGUAUUGGAACAGCUGAAUUAUUUCAUAGGAACUUUGUUACAGUCUUAUUAGAUUUUUUUGUCUCAGACAUGAAUAAAAUGCUCAUUUUAGCAAUGAAGUGCAGUCAGUGUGAGAUUACAUUGUAAACAAUAGUCCAGUGAAAUAUAUCAUCGGCUGGAAUGAGUGGGUAAGUUAAGGGGCAUAACUCUGGACACAGGACUGAAGUAUGGUCUUUGUUUGUCUGUUGUUGAACAGAGGAGGAGUGGAAGCGCUACUAUGAGUCUCUGGGAGGUGACAGCUACAAAGCCAUGGGAUUUAACUACGACUAUGAUGGGACUGGUGCCCAUGGAAUGCCCCCAGGCUAUGAUCAAGAAGUGGAAGACACUUUUGUUCCUCCUGCAGAACUAGCCAUUCCUGACAACAUGGAAAUACCUCGUAGUGACAAGGAGAAUGUGAUCAUAGAGAAGACAGCAAAGUUCAUCGCAGAACAUGGAGCCCAGAUGGAAAUCAUGAUCAAAGCCAAGCAGAAAGACAACCCUCAGUUUGAGUUCAUGGAGCAUGACCAUCCCAUUAACUUGUACUUCAAACACAUGGUGAAAAUGAUCAAGACAGGAAAGUAUAACCCUGUCCAGGCCCCGAAACCCAACCCUCCGGAGAAGCAAGACAGCUCAUACGAUGAUAAUGAUGAAGAACACCAUGGCUACCUUCAUCCUAGCUUGAUGUCUUCCAUAACCAUGACAGCACCCAGCAAACCUGUGCCAAAGCCAGUUGUGCGUGUCCACGAAACCCCCUACGGAGAUCUUAUUAAGUCUGUUACAAAGAGCAUGAGGAACGAUGUGCAGCAGAAUUCUGACAGUCAGCCCGAGAACACGACCCCACCCCUGGCUCCCCCACCCCUCCCACCAUUCAUGGCGCAGGAUGUGUACGGCCCCUCUCAGAAGAAACUUCCCCCACCCCCGGGGCUAGAGCCAGUCACCCUGCCCAACCCUGGCUUUCCUCACUCCUCAGAUCAUGAGGUCUUGUCAGGGCAUGAGCAGCAGGGGUUCAGCAAGAAGAACACCAGCAAAAAGCAUAUACAAGGGGAGAUAACUGUGAUGGGCCCUCAGAUUGUCCCUCCUGCUCCAGACAUUCAGCCAAUCAUUGACAGGAUGGCUCUGUACGUGGCCAAGAAUGGCGUGGACUUUGAGACGGUGGUCAAGAGCAAAAAUGACACUCGUUUUGAUUUUCUCAACCCUGGGCACAUGCACUACGCUUACUACGACUUCAGGAAACGACUACAUUUGGAGGAAUUAGAACAAGAAAAAUCAGAAGAUGAUGAUCGACAAAACUCCAGCAAAGGUGUGAGUUUCAAGUUGAAAACGAAAGAACAAGAGAACACACAGCUGGAUAAACGGAAAGCUUUUGACUAUGAGAGUACAGACGAUGAGGACGAAGAAGAUAAAAAGGUGAAGGAAGGCCAUCAGUCCCCGUCAGAGCCUCGUGACCCAGUCGUCCCCACAGAGAAACCUAACCAAACUACCCAGGAAGACAUAGAGAAAAAGAAAGCGGAGGAGAAGUUAAAGGAUCGCCUGGCACUUGCUGCACGAGAGAAACUGGCUCAGGCGAGUAAGGAAGAACAGAUCAAGGCUGAGAGGAAGAGGAAGGCUGCCAUGUUUAUUACGCUACUGAAGUCUGGGAACCAGGCAGCUGGGGCAACAGACGACAAACCUGACGUGACUGUGGGAGAUGCUGGUAGCGGACCUCCCUCUAGAACCUCCUCUCGACCUUGCACUCCGUAUGACCUGCUGUCUGGGAAGACUUCCCCUGACCGUCCAGUCUCUCCGGGUGAGACCACAGCUCCACCCCCUACCUCAGAAAACCAGACAGCCAAAGCGAAAGGGUCACUGCCGCGUGCAUAUUAUGGGAUUCCGGCCUCAAUGCGACGCUUCCCACGCUCCCCCACACCACCAUCCUCAUACAGUAGAGGCUGGAGGUCCCGUUCCCGGUCACGCUCGCCUAGGCGUUUCCCUCGGGGGUCCAGUCCUAUGCGCUGGUCAGACAGAUCCCCGCGACGCUUUGACCGAUCCAGCACCUCGAGACGCGCAUCACCGUCUCCCCCAAGAUCAUUCUCUGGGCGUUCCAAAUCUCCCGGCUUUGACAGAAGGAAAGCGAGGUCAAAACGAAGCAGGUCAAGAUCACCAAAGCGUUCCAAACGUUCACCAUCACAUUCCAAGUCGAAGAAGAAAAAACACAAGAAAUCUCGCUCAAAAUCCAGGUCUCCGCGUAGGAAGACAAAAUCCAAAGAGAGUAGUCAUGGAGAUGCAAAAUCUAAAGAUCCAGUGACAGUCAUAGAUCUGGAGCCAGUGAACAAGGGGAGUAACUCAGCAUGUGAUGACAACAGCAGGGGGAGUAAUGGUGUCCGACACACUAACAGUUUAGCGGACUGUACAAGCUAUGAACAAGUUCUGACUGCAGCAUCAAUGAUAAGAGGAGGCAAUGUUUCAGCUAAAGUGGAUACAAGCCGACCAUUUUCCCAGGUGUCUGACGAGAAGAUUUCCAAAGUGAAAGCCAUGUUAAAAGCCAGCAGGAAAGCCAUUCUGAAGGAGGAGGGCGUUGACCUGGACUUAUGACCUUGACCUCCAGUGUCAGGGCAGCGUGAUCAUUCAGUCAUGAACUCUGACCUGUUCAAAAUUAGAAUAAAUGUGUACAAAAUUGCAAGUGUUUUAAAGUUUUCAAAAAUUUAGAAGAAAAAGGUAGUACAUGUAUGUGAAGUGCUAGAUCUCAGUCAGUCAUCAAUUACUGGGGGGGGGGGGGGUGCAACUGUGCAAUUGAGGUCUACAUUUUGGAUCACACGUGUCAAUCCCUCUAUUCUGACCCAACGAUUGCUAGUCUACUUGUGAGUUGACAAUCAAUUUUGCUAAUGUAAACCUCAGUUAAUAUUUAUGUAUAUGUUUUAUCUGUAGGAAUGUAUAAAGAUUGAAUUUUGUUUUUCAACCACAAGAAUUAGCAUAAAUGCUGUGGUGUCAUCUGCUGUUUUUUGAAU